AUGGCAUGGACAAUCAACACACUGGUCAAGCUAGUCCUGCUGGCUCUCAUCCCUCUCUGCUACUCCAGACCAUCUCUCCUAGACGGUGAAGACGACCCCGGCUACAUCCAAGACCAAGAAUCUCCCAGGCGAUUUUACGUCCCCGUCGAGGUGCCACUGGAUGCCAUUUUUAGCUCUCUCCGCGCACAUACGCAAUCACUCCACCAGUCAAGCCCUCUUCUAGACAAAAGGGCCGCUUCAGGGUCAGAGGGAAUAGGUUCAAUCUUGCCUAAGAUGGACGAGGAUGCAGACCUACGAGGAAUGAAGAGGAAGAUGUUCUGGCAACCGUUGGGCUACUUGCCCGCUUCAGUUCGUGCCCACAAUAGCCCGACAGGAAGUUCUGCAAGUGAAAAUCAGGCCAGUAGUUCCGUCUUCCGGUACGGUUAA